CUAUACUCUUCUUGAAAAAUUACACAAAAGUUGGACGCAAUUAAUGCACUUGCCGUGUACGUAUACAUGACCUUAUACGUGUUGUGUGUAUGGUGAAACCAGAAUUGUGUUUCUUUUCUUUUUUUUUUUUAUCUUCUCUAACUUAUCUCACCGUUUUAGACUCUUAUUCGCGCGUAGAAUAAAAUCGCUUCAUGUUACAGGUUUUAUGAGUAAAAAGCGCGAGAGAAGAUUUAAAAAUUGAGUACGAGAUAAAUUUAUAAAGACGAUCAUUUUUCCUCACACAUAUAUUCGUUUUUUUUAAUUUAUAACAAAUAGCUUUAUUUUCUCCGAUUGAUUUUACCAUUAUUUUAUUCUAAAUAAUACAACGCACGUUAAAAAAAAAACAAAUACCUGGUUAGAAAAAUAGAUUAUAGAUUAAUCUGAUGUUAACAAUUAAUUAACAUUCUAAUUUUUUUUUGUGUAUAUUUUAUUUGUUUAUAUACGUGCCUCUCUACUGCAUAAUUUCUGUCGGUAUACAUGUAUACAUGGUGUGUUGUAUAUUGUGGUGCCUGUGUGUUAUGUGAUGGAGAGCAGAAAAAAAAAGCAAAUCGCAGAGUAGAGACUGCGAGGACUACACUACCGUGCGGACGAUUCUAACCUUAAAGCGGAAUGUGACACAUCGAGGAGUUUAAAAAUUUUGCUGCCGAAAUGUCCAAACGAAGCGGCGAUUAUGUCGUUACGGAGCACCGCGAUUUACAGGCCAAUGCCAUGUCCGUGGAUGCUACCGGCAAUUAUGUUCUGUUAGCUGGACGUAGAUAUUUGGCAGUAAAAUACUUGGAUGAGGAUACAAACACAGUAAAAAAGUUCCAGCGGCAGAGCAAGUAUGAAGUUGGCUGUGCUGUGUGGAAUCUGAACAUCCAAAAUUGCCAUUUAUGUGCAAUUUCUAGUAAUACACGUAUCGAGAUAUUGAGCCUCAAUGGAGCAGGAGGAUGUGAAUUGCAAACCACACAGAGCUUAAAAGCGCACACACGUGUAAUUAGUGAUUUAAGUUGGCAUCCUAAAGAGGCAGAUAUUAUCGCAUCCUGCAGUAUUGAUAGAUUUAUACAUAUUUGGGACAUAAGGGAUCAAAGAAAGCCAUGUUUGUCUCUGUCCUCAGUUGCGGGAUCGACACAAGUACGAUGGAAUCCACUGUCAUCUCAUAUUUUGGCUACGGCACACGACGGCGACGUCAGAAUAUGGGAUCAACGAAAAGGAAACAUUCCUCUUCAAUACAUAACAGCCCAUUUAACAAAAAUAUACGGUUUAGAUUGGUGUCCCUUUCAACAAAACCAUUUAGCAACGGCGAGUCAAGACUGCAGUGUCAAGAUAUUUGACAUUCUGAAUCCGCGUAGCGUCGAGCACACUUUGAGAACAAAUUCGCCUGUCUGGAAAGCGAGAUACACACCCUUUGGGGAAGGGUUAGUGACAAUAGUAGUACCGCCUUUGCGACGAGGAGAAAACAGUCUUUUGCUGUGGAACAUACCGAACUUCGGUGCACCAAUAUAUACGUUUGUCGGUCACACGGACAUAGUAUUAGAAUUUCAAUGGAGGCAUUUGAAAGAUACUAACGACUUCGAGCUUGUCACGUGGUGCAAGGAUCAGUGCCUGAGAACGUACAAAAUCAAUCCUUUCAUAAGAAAGUUGUGCAGCAACGGUAUAGACGACGGUUUGUCAGUUUAUAGUCAGUAUUCCGAAGAGAGCAAUUUAAGAACAUUACAGUCCGUUCAAGAUCUACAACUCAACAGUUCCCAGAACGAGCCCGAAAUAAAUUAUAUCACGACCAAAGUGGACGAACCUGCUCCGCAAUCUGAAACCACGAAUCUUUUAGACAAUUCCAAAAAAAUCUCGUCCCCAACUCAGCCAAAGAGUCUACAGCAAGAAUUCUCUCUGAUAAAUAUUAACAUACCAAAUAUAGAAGUAAACGCUAUGGAUGCGACAGAAAGGAGUUGCACGAUAACCGCCAGUACAAAGAAAUACAAUGUGAUAUUAAAAGUAAAUUUUCCCGAGAAUUACCCGUACAGCGCGCAACCGACGUUUCAGUUCUGUCCCGGCACGUCGAUCGACAAUGCGAUGAUAACGAAAUUGCUGAAAGUUCUUACGCAGACCGCUCAGCACCGCGUUAAGAAGAACAGAUCCUGCUUGGAACCGUGUCUUCGGCAGUUGAUUAACAAUCUGGAGAAAAUGUGCAAUGUGGACGUGGACGAGACUGAUCAUAUACCGUACUACAUACAAGAUAACGGCAACUUUUUGAGCUCGCCGAAUAUGUGCGCGAAUUAUCAGGAUUCUUAUAUACCGUUUCCUAGAACAUCCGGCGCCAAGUUUUGCUCCGUAGGUAUGCUCGUUUGUUUCGGCCGUCCGUCGUACGCGAGAAGGUCAUCGUUGAAACCAGGAGAGACAACACCCAGAGCGCUGUCUGCUCUGGACAACAGUAUCGGCAACGGCGAAUCUUUUAUGCACAUGUACCGAAGUUCCUACGUAUCGAGCAACGAUGUGUCUAUCAGCUCGUAUUACUUUCAGGAUCGCCAGAAAGACCUUCGACGUGGAUUGCACAGUAGAAUGCACGAUCGAUCGUAUUUCAAGAAUUAUCAUCCCAUGGUCAUGAUAUACGAUGCUUCGUCUUUGUUUUACGUCAACAAGGAACUCGCUGAAAAAUACACGAUUGACACCACUGACAUUCCCACCAUGUGUCAGUAUAAUGCGAACGUGGCUGCUGCUCUCGAACGACCUGAUUUAGUUCAAACUUGGUGUUUAACUGGCUUGAUCAUCUCCCAAUCCUCCCAAUCCAACAACGAGCAGACCUCGUGUCAGUCAAGUUUGUCUCCCGACAUCGACGCUCCGUGGCCCUUACAUCCUUGGGGCCAAAGUUUAAUUCAUUCCUUAGUGCAACAUUAUGCUAAUCAAUCCGAUGUGCAAAUGGCUGGAAUGUUAAGCUGCGCUCUCAGCAAUCGUUUGGAAAACACGGAUGUCGCGCAAACCAGUCGGCUAAUUAGCAAAUCCGUGAACGUCAGUAGGCUUUCCACAGGAAAAUGGUGGUUGAAGCCUGGGGGUUCGCCCUAUCACACGAUACAUCUCGCAGACACGUUAGAAGGAUGGAAUUUCCAAAGUUUGAAGCAACAUCGAUCCAAUUCUUGGUCAGAGUCGCAUGACGAUUUGAAAGUCAUUCAAGACACGUUUGGAGACUCAACAAAACCCACUAAGUUACUCGACGAGAAAUACACGGCGGUGUAUGACGGCUACAAGAAAGCUUACGCGGAAGCGUUGCACAGAUGGGAAUUACUGGAUGCUCGUGCACAGGUUCUGAAGCAUCUUAGCGCGUCGCCGUUCGAUGUGCAGAAGAGCGCCGAUUUGCAGUGUGAGUGUCGAUCCUGCGGCAAGAUCAGCCAAGGUCCGCAGUGCUCAAACUGCAAAGGAUUGAGCUUCCAGUGUAUCGUUUGUCAUGUCACGGUCAGAGGUGCGAGUAACUCCUGCAUGUUCUGUGGUCACGGCGGACACAUUCAGCACUUAGCAGCGUGGUUUGCCAAAGAGACAGUGUGUCCGACAGGCUGCGGCUGUCAGUGCCUGCACGAAAAUUCAAUGCUGUUUAAAAUAUAAAGGAAUAAUGUAUGUAGAAUUGUACAUAACGAUCUGUGAUAGUUGUCGCUAUUAAAGAACAAAUUUAUUUAUAAAAUGCGUUUAUCAAUAGCCCACUGUUUU